AUGAGGUGGCACAUCUCCUCAUCCGAUGAGUACUUACGGACAGCUCAACAGGUUGUGGUUGGUCUGCAAGAAAAGCUGGUUAAUUACUUCUGUGGUCCCGAUCGAUGGGAUCUUCGCAAUGCUGGUCUGGAUGAGCUUGAGUCUCACCUGCGUGCUCGCGGGGUUGAUUCCGGCCUAAUCAAGCGUCAGCGCUCUAAUUUGAACUUGCCUGAAAGAUGGUGUUUGCGUGUGCCCGAGCCACUCGACCCUGCCCCUGCAGUGUCUCUGGAGGUUGCUGAGGAAGUCGAUGAUGCAGAAUCGCAAAGCCCGUAUUUUGUCACCGUCGUGGGCAACAAGCGGCUACGCAGGCUCCAUCGCCGCGGGGGAUGCGGCGUGUCGGUGCUGGAAGUGCAAGAGUCGGAGCCCGUUUGGCAUUUGAAGGGGCUCAUGUACAAUUUGGCCUGUCAGCAUUGUUGGCGCCCUGGGGAAUCCACCGUUUCGGAAGCCGAGGAAGCAGACGACUCGGGCAGUGCAAGUGACAGUGAAGACUAA